CUGAGCCAGCUAGUUAGUGCAAGUAGUCUUCGGCAGUCUGCAGUUAAAAGGUAUUGGCCAAUAUGUUGGGGAAAGUGAAAGGCGAUAUUGUUGUCAUUUACCUGACAAUAGGAAUCGCAUAUGUGCUAGUUAACAUAAAUGCAUCUUCAACCUACAUUGGACCGAGUAGACAGAUGUGGCCUGUUGAAGCUCCACCUUACAUGUUAUAUAGACAGCAACCCAAUGCUUUGAGAAAAUUCUAUUGGUACAAUGCCAGGACCCCAAUAUUAGUUGGAAAAAUGAGACUAAAAAACUUUAUGCGUAAUAUCCACAUGCUGCCUAGAUAUAUACAUUCUCCUACACCAUAUCAUGAUAUAUAUGGGACUUCCAAAAGAAGCGUCUUCAGAAAUUUAAACACCGUUCCCACUACACCCUCAACUACAGCGGACUAUAGUCUGGCCCUGGGACCUGUCAACCCCUUUGUACCUCUGACUGCCGCAACGUUGCCAAAUCCUGAAUUUUUAAAAGGCGUCGAGAAUACGAGGAAUUUUUCAAACUACUCAAAUGAAGGUUGGACGUCCAUGUGCCCAGACCGUAUAUCAAAUGCAGGUGCACGACUAUCAGAUGACUGUUUCAAGAAUACUUUAAAUCGCUACCCAAGGGAGGAAUAUGGAUUGAAUAGCGUACCCAUCGAAGUAGUACAGACAACAACUACUCUUCCAUACAUGAACUAUAUUACGCACACCUACUUUACCCUUGAUGAUGUUAUUCUACCGCGUUCAGGGAACAGGUUCGCAGACAACUCGGCAAAAGAAACCAAUGAGUAUCGCCUGGGUCCAAUCAUAAUAACAACGUGAAAUGCCACCGGCCAC